AUGGGGUAUACCACGAUCUGGAAGGGCUGGUCGCCCAAACAACUCAAUCUUGCGAUCCAGAUCUUUUCCCUUGUUAGUAUCUUCUUCGAAGGUUACGACCAGGGUGUCAUGGGGGGUGUCAACGCCGCUCCUUACUAUGUCACCGAAGUAGGCAUUGGCGACCCUGAUGGUACUGUGACCGAUACAGUCCAUCAAGGAGGUAUUGUCUCCGUCUACUAUCUUGGAUGUAUAUUCGGAUCCUUUGCUGGCGGUUGGGCCGCUGACAGAAUCGGUCGUGUCAAUGGUCUCUUCAUCGGAACUCUGUUCGCAAUGGUUGGUGGUGCUCUCCAGGCUGCUGCUCAGUCUAGUGACUUCAUCAUUGUCGCUCGUGUUGUGACCGGUAUUGGUACUGGUGCGUUGACAGGUAUCACACCUGUUCUAAUCUCGGAAACGUCUACAGCGAAUCAUCGAGGUGGCUAUCUGGGUUACGUCUUCAUCGCCAACUACCUCGGUAUUUCCGUCGCCUACUGGCUCUCAUUCGGCCUUGCCUUCGUUAACAACGGAUACUCCGAUGUGAGGUGGCGGUUCCUCCUCGCUUUCCAGUGUUUCCCUGCUAUCCUCCUCUUCCUUGGCAUCAAGAUGCUUCCCGAUACCCCUCGCUACCUCGCCUCUGUCGGUAGGUACGACGAGGCCCGCGAGGUCCUUGAGCAUGUCCGAGGCCGCUACGAUGAGGAAGUCGAGCGCGAGUUCCUCGAAAUCAAGGCUGUCGCCGAGAAUAGUAGCCUCAGUAGCCCUCUCGAGUUCGUCAAGAUCCUGAUCGGUCGCGGUGGUAAGGCGGGGGAGAACUUGGGCCAGCGUGCCUGGCUCUGCCUUUUCCUUCAGAUUAUGGCUUCCUGGACCGGAAUUACCGCCGUCACUGCAUACUCGCCUGUUCUCCUCUCUGCUGCAGGGUAUCCCGCGCUUACCCAAAACGGUUUGGCCGGCGGUCUCAACACCGUAGGAAUCAUUGGAACCAUUAUCAGUGCUCAGAUCGUCGACCGGCUCGGUCGUCGCAAGUGCUUGAUGGGCGGAUCGCUGGCUCUUUUUGCGGUCAACCUGAUUGCUGGUGCCGUUUACGAGGCAUCCCGCAGUCAGCCGGAGAAGGCCACACAGUAUGCUCCUGCCGCGGUCACCAUGCUCUUCCUAUUCAACAUUUGCUACGCAGCUACAUGGGGAACGGUCGCCUUUUUGAUUCCUACCGAGAUUUGGUCGUCGGAGAUGCGUGCCCAGGGAAAUGGCUUCGGUAUCACCGGGUGGGCCAUCGGUGUAGGUAUGACAGUGCUGGUUAACCCCAUCAUGUUUGAUGUGCUGGAGAACCGAACGUACUUCCUCUUUGCCGGCCUAAACCUGCUCUGGAUUCCUGUCGUGUUUUUGUUCUAUCCCGAAACCGCAAACCGUUCCCUCGAGUCCAUCGAUGCCCUGUUUAGCGCCAACAGCUUCUUCAACUGGAACAUGGAGCACAACUACAGGGAGCACGGUGAUGUUUUGGCUGAGCAUGCGCAUAGCCAGAUGGGCGUGGCUCCGAAGGUGUCGUCUAGCGACGACAUUUCUAACCAGGGUGCCUUUCCUACGCAGUCCGAAAAGUUCCUCGACGCCAGGGACAUCUCGCCUCCCACGUCGGUCCGCGUCGACACAAGAGAGCUCCAGCCAUCUGCCGCCUCACCAGCGGCCUCCUUCACAGAGUCAGCUCUCGGAACGGCUUUGAUGGAUUUUGUCGAUACCAUCGUUGCAGCGGACCAGGAAGACGAUGCAAAUAAAUCCAACCGUAGUUCAAGGGAAGGACUUGCCAACAUAACCUAG